AUGUAUGACGAGUGGGAGCUUGUCAGGGAUGGCGCAACCUUCAACGACGUCCGCCAAGGCCGCAUUGCCGACUGCUUCCUGAUCGGAGCAUUUGGCAGCCUAGCUGCCAAUCGUAGGACUUUCUUUCGCCAGGCCUUUGUCGCGUACGACAUGAAGAUCGGCGUCUAUGGCAUCCUAAUGAACGUUGAUUCGCAUUUCACCUAUGUCAUCGUGGACGACGUCCUGGGCAAGGGCAGUGGGGCGCGCCUCCAGUUCGCAUCCAGCACGGAUAGCAAAGAGCUGUGGGUUUCGAUUCUGGAGAAAGCGUUCUUCAAAUACCACACAUGCCUCGAGAUGUGCAGCUAUGGCCAUGGAACAGAAGCUACGUUCUGCUGGACCGGUGGUCUGAGCGGCCGCUAUGACAUUGGUGAUGAGGAGUACGAUCACCCGGACACUUUUUUCAAGACGUUGCAGCAAGCGCUAGCCAGCGGUGAGCUAGCGACGGCCAUGUUCCGGGAGCCCAGCAAAGGCCCGUACGCCCAGGGGCCCGGUGGUGAGGCAGGUCAGUGCGGAGAGGUUGGAUUGCCUUACGGCCUGCAUGGUGGCCACUGCUACUCCUUGCUUCGCACCGUUGAGGCGCAUGGAAAUCAACUCCUUUGUUUCCGGAAUCCUUGGGCCGCAGGCGAGUGGACUGGGCCUUGGGGAGAUAAAUCGGACAAGUGGACAGAUGAGAUGAAAGAGGCAUGCGGUUUGGUUUCCAAGACGGAUGGAGUCUUCUGGAUGGCCGUUCAGGACUUCGUUCAACUGUCCAAACUUGUACCAUUUGUCCGCACCUUCGGACCAGCCUGGCAGACGGUGAGAGUCUAUGGCCGCUUUAUCGAUGAGCCGACAAAAGCCCGAGCAAAAAAGGAUUACCAAGCCCAAUCUGAUACCGAAAUCACCCUGCAGAAGGGCGAUAUGGUUCGCGUGUCGGAAGUCCAAGGAUUUUGGAGCCGUGGCGAGCGGGAGAAGACCGGGGAGGAAGGAUUUUUCCGCACCAAGGAUGUGCAGAUGCAAUCCUUAUCCGUCGAAGCGUAUGAGUUCUCGGUCGAUGGCAUGGCUGAUGACGCACCCAUCAUGCUCUCUUUGAUGAGAGAGAACCAGUUGCUGCGCCGUGAGUGGGUCAAGCGCAAAGAAGAUGGCAUGAACUACAAGGACCAAAAGUAUCCCCCAGGGUACUGGUUCAUCUUCAAUGGAGAGGGCAAAAGGGUGGCAAAGUCUCGGAUCCUAUCACGACAUGUGUGGACGUACUUGACCAAGUCAGAAGGACCCUGGAGCGUUUACAUCAAUUGCCCUGGUGCAAAAGGCAGACGAUUCAGCUUGCAGGGCUUUGCACCUCACGGCUCCAUGAAGAUCAAGUCGAUGGAGUGUUCCUACGCCGACUUUCUGGACAAAUGCGCAUGA